AUGCUUCACAGCUGUCACGGGAUUGUUGCCUUUAGUCACGAUUUGCGAUCCUCAACUUCGCAUUUCCAUCAACCACCACCCGUGAACACCACAUCGCGCAUCGCCACAUUAUUGCUGGCGCCUCACCACGGCGCAGUCAGCUGCGUUGCGCACUAUUUCACCAACACCACCGCGGCUUUUUGGAGACUGAAAUUGGACACGAGAGAAAUUAUGGCGCCUUACACUACCUACUUCAACUACCUCCCCACCAGCCUCGCUGGUCCGGCCCGCCCCGUUUACAACACUGUCGUCGGCGCUGACUUCAACCGCGAUGCUGCUGAGGAGAUGCAUAAGCGCUCGACAAAACUCGAGCAUUACGACCUCGAGGUGAAUGAGGAGUUCGAUGCCGAGGAGGAGUGGACUGGGAUUUCUCAGUCGGAUCUGCGGGAUGGAGAGCGACGAGGGAUGGACUUUGAAGACGAAGCUUUCAUCAUCAGACAGUCUGGCCGCCCUCGCAACCUCUCCUUCAAGCUCUCUGAGAAAGCCACGGAGGCGGCAUGCGAGGCUGCAGGCGUGAGUCGCGAAUAUCUUGGCAUAGCACUCAAGUAUGUCACCCUCGAGAUGGCGCGCGACAUUGGCUGGCUUACGCACUGUAAGACUGUCAGCGAUGUCGCGCGAGCUGCUAAGAGGAAGUUUCCACUGCUGGAGGAUAUGCAGCGGGCGUUCGAGGAGGGGAGUGGCAAGAGCAUGCGGCCGAGGAGUGGUGGUGUAAGUGAGGUUGGUUCGCCUGGCGCUGAGGAUUCCAACGAGGAAGCAGUCGUGGCUUCUACCGCCCCUCGGACCAGGUCUGGAAGUCAGCCAGUCUACGAUCCGGAGGUGCAUGCGGGUGUUGAAAUGGUUCCGGUUGUGGCACGCUCCAGGGGUCCGUAUGCGAGCGAUGGAGACGAUGAGGACGAUGGAGACUCGGAGCACUCAGUGGAUUCACAGGGAUUCACACGAGCACUGUAG